UCGAGUUAAAAUAAUAGACAUAACAUAACUACACACUAUAAAAUCAAACAGGUAAUACGCAAGGUAAAAAUGAAGAACCUGUGCAUAUGCCAGGUUUCAGUGUAGGGGAGGAGUUUAUAUAAACAGCUCAGCUCAGCUCAGUUAGAGACCGAUGGAAGACACGAAUAAACUCUACAUGGAGAAUCACUUUAAUGAUUCCGCCAGUUCAGACAGCAACGACUGCCAGAGGGUAGACCAAUAUGGAUUUGAGAGAGCGGAAGAUUUCAACUACGAAUCCUAUGAGGACUUUAUGUCCAAGCAUUUAGCUGUUGUCACUAGAAGGUCAAAGAAGUGGUCGAAACUUUUGCAAGACACUGUAAAAAUUGAGAAAAAUAUAAAAGUGAAGCGAUAUGUGAGGAAAGGGGUUCCAUGUGAACAUCGCACUCAGAUCUGGAUGGCAGCUAGUGGAGCCCAGGACCAGCUGGACAGAAAUCCUGGCUACUAUCAUUCUCUAUUAAAGGCUGAGCAUGACCCUAAAAUAGAAGAGGUUAUACGUGCUGAUAUGCACAGAACCUUUCCUGACAACAUUCAGUUCCGUGCCUCCUCCCAGCCAUGUUUACAAAAAGCCCUGUUUAAUGUACUUCUGGCCUAUGGACACCACAAUAAGGAUGUUGGUUACUGUCAGGGAAUGAACUUUAUUGCUGGAUACCUCCUCAUCAUCACCAAAGAUGAAGAGAAGUCUUUCUGGUUAAUGGAUGCUUUACUUGGCAAGAUCUUACCAGACUAUUACACAUCAACAAUGCUGGGGCUUCAAGUGGAUCAAGAGGUGCUUGGAGAGCUUGUCAGGAUGAAGGUUCCUGCUGUCUGGCAGGUCAUGAAUAGUCACAAUGUAAUGUGGACCCUGGUGGUCUCACGCUGGUUCAUCUGCCUGUAUGUUGACAUACUUCCUGUAGAGACAGUGCUGAGAAUAUGGGACUGCCUGUUUUACGAGGGAUCCAAGAUCCUAUUCCGAGUGGCUUUGACGCUGAUUGGUCACAAUCAGAACCUCAUCUCACAGGCACAGAGUCUCUCCGAAAUCUGCGAACGCUUCAAACAGAUCAGUCACGGGGAGUUCGUAGAGGACUGCCAUACAUUCAUGCAGAAAAUCUUUAUGGAGCCUGGAGGUCUCUCUACAGCAACAAUUACUAAACUCAGGAAGAUGUGUAGGAAUCGCAUUACUUCUGCAUAAAACCCUCCUUUACACUAAAUGGUGAACAUAGACAUACAGUUCUGCAUGUUCAGCAUGUGAGAUGAGAAUCUAUUACUUACUGUGUGGAAAAACUUUAUGGUAUGUUAAGCUUUUAUAUGAUUUUUUUUUUUUUUAAACAUAAUGAAAGGGAUACAAUACCUUUCAAAAGUUUGGGGUCAGUAAGAUUUAUUUAUUUGAAAGACGUCUCUUAUGAUUACCAAGCCUGCAUUUAUUUGAUCAAAAAUACAGCAGAACAGUAACAUUGUAAAGUAUCAUUUAUAAUUUAAAAUAAUGUUUUCUAUUUAUAUAGAAAAGUUUAGAGAUGCAAUUUAUUCCUGUGAUGGCAAAAGCUGAAUUUUUAGCAGCCAUUACUCCAGUCUUCAGUGUCACACGAGCCUUUAGAAAUCAUUCUAAUUUGCAGAUUUGGUGUUGUUUAAUAUUAAUCUUUCAUGGAUACCAUGCUAAAUAUUGUUUGAUUAAAGGAAAAUCAAGCGUUUACUGAAUGCUUUUGAAACGUCUUAAAUGUGACUUUUGAUCAAUUUAAUGUGUCCUUGCUGAAUACAAGUAUUCAUUUUUUAAAAGAUUUUACUGACCCCAACCCUUUGAACAGUAGUUCACCCAAAAAAUUUUUUAGCAUUUACUGGAGGCAUGCCGUUCCAAACCUGUAUGAUCUUUAGCCUACUGAUAUUUACUGGCACCUACUGGUAGAUCUUUAGAAUUUUCAUUUUUGAGUCAACAAUCUAAGAGGAAUUAACUUUUUUCUUUUUUUACUAAUGGCAAUCAGUUUUGUGUUAUAACUAAAUGUUUUAACUAAAUAAAGAUGUUUAACAAGCAAA